AUGGAGACUCUUGCACAAAUAGACACGAUCAAACAGAAGAUACGCACAGCAUCAACUGCCGCUACUACGGCUUUACACAAACUUAUUUUCGAAAAGGAAGGUGAUCGUAGAAAUCGACAACGACUCGAAUACAACGGAACCAAGGAGGAGGUAAUAACGAGAAUCUUAGACGGAUUAAUGAAUAUAAAAACACUCGCACCUCACAAUGAUGUCGAAGACGAUAUCGACGAAGACGAUGAAGACGACGAAGAGAACGACGAACAAAAUGACGAGGAGAAUGUUGAAGAAGAAGACGAAGAAACCCACGAAGAAAGACGCUCAGUUCAAGGAGGCAAUCAGCACCUAGUGGAUUUUAAAGAGAAGCUGAAAGUAUACGAGGACAUCCGUAAGAAGAGUGGGGAAAGAGGAAAAAUUCGAGAGAAAGACGACACAUCGAAAAAAACGGAAGGAGCGAAAAAUUUACGACCGCAAAGAAGACAGAGAAGGACCAGGAUCCCGAUGAACGAUGCUACAACUGUGGAGAAAGGGACACAAAUCUAA